CGUCAUGGUUUCCCCCGCCACUAGGGGCUACAGCACCUGCGCCUUGAGCAGCUGGCGGAACAGGCUCUUUAGGCUUCGGGUUCAGGUUUGGUGGAGGCACCUCAGUAUUCGUGUCUUGUAGGAGGUUUGUGGGGCAGCCCGGCCCGGGAGGGGCCUCAGAGUGCACCGAGCGAUCCAUAGCUGAAGUCUGGGCAGGCGGAAGCUGGGCAAGAGUUCCCAAAGCAGCAGGAGCCAACAAAUGCUUAAAAAGUUCAUUUUUGUUGUUCCUGGACCCAAAGUUCGUGAGUUCAACCGCCCUCUGAAUCCAGAGUUGAACCAGAGGAUUCAGCAUCGCUGCUAUGGCUGCCUCACAAACCUCACAAACUGUUGCAUCUCACGUUCCUUUUGCAGAUUUAUGUUCAACUUUAGAACGAAUACAGAGAAGUAAAGGACGUGCAGAUAAAAUCAGAUACUUCAGGGAAUUUUUAGAUUCUUGGAGGAAAUUUCACGAUGCCCUACAUAAGAACCAAAAUGAUGUCACAGACUCUUUUUAUCCAGCAAUGAGACUUAUUCUUCCUCAGCUAGAAAGAGAGAGAGAGGCCUAUGGGAUCAAAGAAACUAUGCUUGCUAAGCUUUAUAUAGAAUUGCUCAAUUUACCUAGAGGAGGAAAAGAUGCUCUUAAACUUCUAAAUUACAGAACACCUACUGGAACUCGUGGAGAUGCUGGAGACUUUGCAAUGAUUGCAUAUUUUGUGUUGAAACCAAGAUGUUUACAGAAAGGACAAUUAACCAUACAGCAAGUAAAUGACAUUUUAGACUCAAUUGCUCGCAAUAAUACUGCCAGAAGAAAGGACUUAGUAAAGAAGAGUUUUCUUCACCUUAUAAGUAAGUGUUCAGCACUUGAACAAAAGUGGCUUAUACGGAUGAUUGUAAAAGACUUAAAGCUUGGUGUUAGUCAGCAAACUGUAUUUUCCAUUUUUCAUAAUGAUGCUGCUGAGUUGCAUAAUGUCACCACAGAUCUGGAGAAAGUCUGUAGGCAACUGCACGAUCCUUCAGUAGGACUCAGUGAUAUUUCCAUCACUUUAUUCUCUCCCUUUAAGCCAAUGUUAGCCGCAAUAGCAGAUAUUGAGCGAAUUGAGAAGGACAUGAAAAACCAGAGUUUCUACAUUGAAACCAAGCUAGAUGGUGAACGUAUGCAAAUGCACAAAGAUGGUGAUAUAUAUGAAUACUUCUCACGAAAUGGGUAUAAAUAUACAGAUCAGUUUGGUACUUCUUCUCAGGAGGGUUCUCUUACACCAUUCAUUCAUAAUGCAUUCAAAACAGAUAUACAAAUGUGUAUCCUUGAUGGUGAGAUGAUGGCCUACAAUCCUAAUACCCAAACUUUUAUGCAAAAGGGAAAUAAGUUUGAUAUUAAAAGAAUGGUAGAAUAUUCUGAUCUGCAGACUUGUUAUUGUGUUUUUGAUGUAUUGAUGGUCAAUAAUAAAAAGCUAGGACAUGAAACCCUGAAAAAGAGGUAUGAAAUUCUUAGUAGUAUUUUUACACCAAUACCAGGUAGAAUAGAAAUAGUGCAGAAAACACAGGCUCAUACUAAUAAAGAAGUAAUUGAUGCUCUGAAUGAAGCAAUAGAUAAAAGAGAAGAGGGAAUCAUGAUAAAACAUCCUCUAUCCAUUUAUAAGCCAGACAAAAGAGGUGAAGGAUGGUUAAAAAUCAAGCCAGAGUAUGUAGAUGGAUUGAUGGAUGAACUGGACAUCAUAAUUGUUGGGGGCUACUGGGGUAAAGGUUCACGUGGUGGAAUGAUGUCUCAUUUUUUGUGUGCUGUAGCAGAGAAGCCCUCUUCUGGUGAAAAACCAUCAGUGUUUCAUACUCUUUGUCGUGUUGGCUCAGGUUACACCAUGAAAGAACUGUAUGAUCUGGGUUUGAAGUUGUCCAAACAUUGGAAACCUUUUCAUAAAAAGGCUCCACCAAGUAGCAUCUUAUGUGGAACGGAGAAACCAGAAGUGUACAUUGAACCUUGUAAUUCUGUCAUUGUUCAGAUUAAAGCAACAGAGAUUGUUCCCAGUGAUAUGUAUAAAACUGGCUGCACUUUGCGUUUUCCACGAAUUGAGAAGAUAAGAGAAGACAAAGAGUGGCAUGAAUGCAUGACGCUGGAUGACUUAGAACAACUUCGAGGGAAAGCAUCUGGAAAGCUUGCAUCUAAACACUUUUUUGUUGGUGGUGAUGAUGAACCACAAGAAAAAAAGCGGAAAGCUGCCCCAAAGAUUAAGAAAGUUAUUGGAAUUAUCGAGCACUUAAAAGCACCUAACCUUUCUAACAUAAACAAAGUUUCCAAUAUAUUUGAAGAUGUGGAAUUUUGUGUUAUGAGUGGAAUAAGUAGCCAUUCAAAGCCUGAUCUGGAGAACAGAAUUGCAGAAUUUGGUGGUUAUAUAGUACAAAAUCCAGGCCCAGACACCUACUGCGUUAUUGCAGGGUCUGAGAACAUAAGAGUGAAAAACAUAAUUUCUUCAAAUAAACAUGAUGUUGUCAAGCCUGAGUGGCUGCUGGAAUGUUUUAAGACCGAAAGCUGUGUGCCAUGGCAGCCUCAUUUUAUGAUUCAUAUGUGCCCAUCAACAAAACAACAUUUUGCCCGUGAAUAUGAUUGUUAUGGUGAUAGUUAUUUCACUGAUACAGAUUUGAACCAACUGAAGGAAGUGUUCAUGGGAAUUAAAAGUCCUAGUGAACAGACUCCUGAAGAAAUGGCUUCUGUGAUUGCUGAUUUAGAAUACCGAUAUUCCUGGGACUGCUCUCCCCUCAGUAUGUUUCGACACCACACUAUUUAUUUGGACUUGUAUACUGUUAUUAAUGACUUGAAUAGCAAAAUUGAGGGAACAAGAUUAGCUAUUACAGCCUUAGAGCUUCGAUUUCAUGGAGCAAAAGUAGUUUCUUAUUUAGCUGAGGGAGUAUCUCAUGUAAUCAUUGGGAAGGAUCAUAGUCGUGUUGCAGAUUUUAAAGCUUUUCGAAGAACUCUUAAGAGAAAGUUUAAAAUUCUACAAGAAGGUUGGGUAACUGAUUCAAUAGACAAAUGUGAGUUACAGGGGGAAAAUGAGUAUCUGGUUUAAAGCUAGUUUUUCUAGUUAUGAAAGAAUCUGAUUUGGCUGACUCCUAACAGGUGGUAAUGAGAAAAUGUUAAACUAUGUUUUAUGUUUAUCUCUUAAAAAUCUGUGUUUGAACAAAAUUGGUAUAGGAAAAUAAGAAUCUUCUUGUAACUGUUGAGAUAGAAAAGACAGAUAGAAAAGAUGUUGAGAUAGUGGCUCAAAGCCAAGAAAGAAAAAAAUUUUAGCAAUGUAGUAUUUGGGCAUUUUUAUAACCAAGAUGAAAUAAGCAGUUUAAAGAAAAGGUAUUUAUAUAAUAUUUCUAUAGGAAUAUAGUCAUUUGAGUCAGAUAUUAAUAAAAUACAUAUAGAAGCUUUUAGAGCCAUAGUAUUGACCUAAACAGGAUUUUAUCUAAUAAAAAAGCAUUAUAGGAAAAAAGCAGAACUGUUAAAUUGGACUUGUAAAAUAGGUCUUUAAGUGUGAAAGCUGAAAUUCUUUUCAGUGUAAAAUGUAAACAAAGUUAUUUUUUUAAGGUUAAGGUCAAGCUCAUGAAUAAGACCUUGUUAAUGAUGUCAUUACCUAAAUUAGGGAUAGAAUAACACUUAAUGGUCUAAAAACUUAAAAUUAGAUCAGUUUGAUGAAAAAAAAAAACAAGAGUUUAAAAGUCCUUGACCCACAUUUAACUUUUUUCUAAAAUAGAGCAUGUUUUAAAUAAAGUAUUUUUAUGUGAAUUUGUACUCCAGUAUAAAUGAUAUUCACAGAGUGAUUUUUCUAGAUGUAGUUCAUUGAAUAAGUGUCAAAUGGUAAGUUGUGUUGUAACUUUCAUUACAGACAAGUAAAUUGCUUUAACUUUUAAUAUAACUUAUUUAUCAGGUUAUUUAAAGUCAGUGUAUAUAGUAUAUAUUGUGUCUGGAUUUAAAUAUUAAAUUUUGGAAUAUAGCUUAUACAUACAUUUUGAAAAAUACACUUUCAUGACACCAUUGAAAUACUUGGAAUUUGGUACCUGAGAAAAUGUAUAGGUUAUUUGUAAUUAGAAAUGUUACCCAAACAGUGGAACAAAUAUAUGUAAUUUUGUUAUCUUUCUUAAUUUAAAUAAAAUAUUUAUAUACUAUUAAA